AUCCAAAGAGAGGAGGGUGAUGUGGGAGAACCAAAUUUACCUUCUACAGUGAACUUUCUCUGGCAGCAGGAAGGGGUGGACACAGAGACAGAUGCCCACACACACUACUCCCCACCCAGCCACCACCUGGAGUUUCAUAGGCUGAGAUGGGCUGAAGGCAGCACACUGGGCCCAGAAGGGACCAGGGGACUGGGUCACUGCUCCUCUACCCUGGGAGGGGGCUGACUGGAUGCCCCGGGCCCAGGGCCAAGCUUCCUGGCUGCUGACUCAGGCCCCUUUGGCCAGCUCAGCAUUCCUGCCCUCCCCACUGAAUUGGGGCUAUUGAAGCUCUUUGUAGGGGGGUUAGGCCACUGGUCACGCCCCCAACCAGAGCCUUCGCUGGGCUGAGGCUCUGCUCUUGGGGGGGGGGCGCACAGGCCCUGAGGGGGUCAGUCUGACAGUGCUCUGGCCACCAGCUGCUACUCUGGGGGUGUCUGGGACCGAGGACAAUCCUGGGUAAGCUGGCUAGGCUGGCAUCAGAGAGGGGAGCCCAGGGAAAGGGAAUUGCCCUGACCCUUAGGACAGAAGACCCUGGGAUGGUGACCCUGCUCAUGACCCCCGGCUUGGGGAGGGGUCUGUCUCUUUGCAUAGGCCACAGUGUGUAGGUGGGGUGCUGCAGGGGCUCUGUGGGUUGUCCUGCCAGCCCCAUCAGACUGGAGCGUCCCUAAGGCAGAGUGGUUUCCCCAUCAGACUGAGGCCAUCACAGGGUAUAGGCUGGGUCUCCCCCAUAAGAUAGGGACAGGGGUGGUUUGAAGCGUUGCCUAUCAGACCCAGAGUUCCCCAUGCCCGGUCUUUGUCCUCCUUAGUGUUUAACUUGGGAAUCCUAUCUGGAGAACAGCCUCAGCCUGUGCUGGUGGGUCCCAGCAAAGCCAGGGACUAGCUGACCCCAGAAGAACCAACGCUUCUCUAGAUAAAGCGCCUCCACCCCGUCCCACCUCCUCCCCUCCUUUUUCCCCAAAGCCAGGAUCUUCCCCCCCAAGCCCUGGCUGCAUGGGCCUACACCUGUCAGAUGUGCUUUUUCAGGUAUGGGGGAGAGCCGGGAGCCAUGAAGCCAGUGAGGGCUGUCACUCUUUGGUGGGUGCUACUGCUGGUGUCCAGGCUGGGGGCCACCAGGAAGGAAUCCCUAGAAGAGGGCUCCUUCUACUAUGGAACCUUCCCACUUGGCUUCACCUGGGGCGUGGGCAGUUCCGCCUUCCAGACUGAGGGUGCCUGGGACCAGGACGGGAAAGGGCCCAGCAUCUGGGACACCUUCACGCACAGUAGGAAAGGGAAUGUGCUUGGGGAGGAGACUGCAGACGUGGCCUGUAACGGCUACUACAAGGUCCAGGAGGACGUCGCUCUGCUGAGGGAGCUGCACGUCAGCCACUACCGGUUCUCCCUGUCCUGGCCCCGGCUCCUGCCCACGGGUGUGCGAGCUGACGGGGUGAACAAGAAGGGAAUCCAAUUCUACAGUGACUUCAUUGACGCCCUUCUGAACAGCAACAUCACCCCCAUCGUGACCCUGCACCACUGGGAUCUCCCACAGCUGCUCCAGGUCAACUAUGGCGGGUGGCAGAACGUGAGCACAGCCAACUACUUCAGUGAUUACGCCAGCCUAUGCUUCGAGGCCUUUGGGGACCGGGUGAAGCACUGGGUCACUUUCAGUGACCCUCGGACAAUGGCAGAAAAAGGCUACGAGACGGGCCACCACGCACCUGGACUGAAGCUCCAUGGCACGGGCCUAUACAAGGCGGCACAUCACGUCAUUAAGGCCCAUGCCCAAGCCUGGCACUCCUACAACAACACAUGGCGCAGCAAGCAGCAAGGUCUGGUGGGGAUUUCAUUAAACUGCGACUGGGGGGAACCUGUGGACAUUAGUAACCCCAAGGACAUAGAGGCUGCCGAGAGAUACCUACAGUUCUGCCUGGGCUGGUUUGCCAACCCCAUUUACGCCGGUGACUACCCACAAGUCAUGAAGGACCAUAUCGGAAGAAAGAGUGCAGAGCAAGGCCUGGAUAUGUCGAGGUUACCGGUGUUCUCACUCCAGGAAAAGAGCUACAUUAAAGGCACAUCUGAUUUCUUGGGAUUAGGUCAUUUUACGACUCGGUACAUCACAGAAAGGAACUACCCCUCUCGCCAGGGGCCCAGCUACCAGAACGAUCGUGACCUAGUUGAACUGGUUGACCCAAACUGGCCUGAUCUGGGGUCUAAAUGGCUACAUUCCGUGCCAUGGGGAUUUAGGAGGCUUCUCAACUUUGCUCAGACUCAAUACGGCAAUCCACCCAUAUAUGUGACAGAAAAUGGAGCAUCUCAAAAACUACACUGUACCCAAUUAUGUGAUGAGUGGAGAAUUCAAUACCUUAAAGGAUACACAAAUGAAAUGCUAAAAGCUAUCAAAGAUGGUGCUAAUAUAAAAGGGUAUACUUCCUGGUCUCUGUUGGAUAAGUUUGAAUGGGAGAGAGGAUACUCAGAUAGAUAUGGAUUCUACUAUGUCGAUUUCAACAAGAAAAAUAGGCCGCGCUAUCCAAAGGCUUCAGUUGAAUAUUACAAGAAGAUUAUCACUGCCAAUGGGUUUCCCAAUCCUCAAGAGGUGGAAAGUUGGUACCUCAAAGCCUUGGAAACUUGCUCUAUCAACAACCAGAUGCUUGCUGCAGAGCCUUUUCUAAGUUACAUGCAGAUCAUGACGGAGAUCAUGGUACCUACAGUCUGCACCCUCUGUAUACUAAUCGCUGCAGUUCUCCUGAUGCUUCUGCUGAGGAGCCUGAGCUGAGACAGGGUCAUCCAUUUUGUAGCUGCAUCUUUCACAGAGAACCUUCAGGAUCUUCUUCAGGAUCUUCCUCCUUUUGCUCCUUCGAAGGUUUACAUACAUCUGUUUUCAGGUUCUGUGAUAAUUACCUUCCCACCACCUCUCUCUCUCUUUUUUUGGCUUGAGCUGGGAUUGAAGAAUUAGAAAAUAAAAAUACGCGUAAAUGAAAUAAAAAUCACCUGUAAUCUCACCCCUCUCAAAGUCAAUGUUAAUAUUUUGCUGUAUAUUAUGCAUUGAUUUUCAUUUUGCAAAAAGGGAUCACAGUGCACAAACUGUUUUGUAACUUAUCUCAUUUUAAAAUCUGUCUGGAAAUAUUAUUUUAAUGUAGAAAUGAUUGCCACAUUAGCACUGCCCUACACAUGACGGACAAAAUCAAUCCUUUAGAUAUAACAGUCCUUUCAGACUGUAAAUCCUAUUAGGCAACCAUGAAAAAGCAUUAGGUGGGUACCAAGUAAAUGAGCAUAUAUAUUUUUCUAAAAGAAAUUUUCUUAUGCUAAAUAUCCUUUACUCAAUGAAAUACCUCAAAGAAAUAUUAUAUAUUGAUUAUUUAAUUUAUAUAUCUUCUAUGUAACUAAAUAUUCUGUUUUUUCUAAGUCCAUUUUAUUCUUAACUAUGCUAAAAUGCUAAAAUUAAUAUCCAUGUAUUUGGGUACAAAACACGGCUUAAGAGAAAGAAUGAUGUUAGGCAUUUUAUCCAUUAUCUGAUUCUACUUAAUGUUGUUUGUGAAACACAAAAACAGUAAGAUCGUAGAAAAGGCUAUUCCAUUAAUUCUUUUGGUUAAUACUACCUCAAGUUAAACAUUUUAAAAAGGGUAUUUACAUCUGGGACUUAGUCCUACAAUUGGGCUGGUUACAACUGUUUUUAACAAAACUUUGCUUUCAAUGUCAAAUUGGCAUGCCCGUUUAAGGUUUUUCUCUUCCAUCAAUGGUUUUGAGACCAAACUCUCCUUCUACUAUAUAUACAGAUUUCAAAUGCAAAGACAUUACCACUCAAAAAUUUUUUUUUCCAUUUCUCCAGUUUUAGGAUUAAAUUGUCAGUUGACUACAGAAGGUAGAAAGGAAAUUAAAGAUUUGCACUGCUCAGUAACAGCUGGUAAGCCUUUUAUGUGAUUACUAAUAAUCCAUAUCCCAAAUGUACUAAAUCAGCAUUUAUGUUGUAGAAAGAAAAAAAGAAAAAAGUAAGGUAUUUAAGACAUUAUAAAGUAUUUGCAGAGAACAAAAA